UCUGUGCGUGGCUUCCCCAGUGUUACAGUGUCUUGGGGUGUGUAGUCCUGUGUAGCCUGCUCUGCUCAUCGCUCUCGUCUUUUCACCCGGCUUCUAUGGUUUUUGGUUUCUUUUGGAUUCCUUGUUUUUGGACUUAUCAGCCACUCCGCCUAUCCAUCUCUGAUGAUGAUACUUUAAGAUACCUUGAGAGGUAUUCCUUCCACAACCUGUCCAGGGUUACCCACAUACAACUAACUGGUAUCAGAAGACUUUCAUACAUUGACCAAGAGGCAUUUAAGGAUCUACCUAAUUUAAAGUACCUUGGGAUCACCAACACAGGUCUCACAUCCUUACCUGGGCUACAAUAUAUUCAGUCCUGCCAGAAGGAUUUUAUUUUGGAGAUAGUGGAGAAUGUCUUCAUCCAAGUUAUACCAGCCAAUUCUUUCACGGGAAUAUCUGAGAAUGCUCUGACCAUAAUGAUGAAUAGCAAUGGCAUAAAAGAGAUCCAGCGCUAUGCCUUCAAUGGGAGCAGCCUGGAGGAAGUGUAUCUUCACAGGAAUGUGGAUUUGGAACGUAUAGAUGAAUUUGCAUUUUAUGGCGUGAUUCGUGGCCCAACUCACUUAGACCUUUCAGAAACCAAAGUUAGCUCUUUGCCUUCAAUAGGUAUGGAGUCUGUUGAAAAGCUCCAAGCUAAAAACACUUGGGCCCUCACAGCACUACCCCCCUUUCAAGCCUUUCUCCAUUUACAGAGUGCUGAAUUGACUUUCCCAAGCCAUUGCUGUGGUCUUAAAAUGUUGAAAAGAUGGAGAGGACACUCUGAGGCAAUUAUCUGCAACCUGACCCGGACUGUUUUGGGAAAUCUGCAGGAAUCCCCUGCAGCUCUCUCUCAGAGUUAUCUGGGACACAAAAUCUACCAACAUCUGAAAGACCGCUUUAGCCUCCCAACUGCUGCCAGUACAAAUGACAAUCCUUACUACAACAGCCCCAUUUGCCCCACCGAACAGUCUCAAAAUGAGGGUUUGUUUUAUGUGGAGUUACCUACAGAGCAUCUCAAUGAAGGUUUCAACUUUGCACUAUGUAAUGAACUUCACACAGAUAAUCAUGGACUCUUAUGCAACCCCUUGCCUGAUGCACUGAACCCCUGUGAGGAUGUAAUGAGUCAAGGCUUCCUGAGGAUGUUGGUCUGGGUGGUCAGUCUUUUAGCAAUUUCAGCCAACCUCCUUGUGAUGUUCAUCCUGCUGACCAGCCGACAGAAGUUGUCCGUUACUCGUUUCCUCAUUGGUCACCUGGCAUUUGCAGAUUUUUGUAUGGGGAUGUACUUACUGCUGAUUGCAUCUGUCGACGUCUACACCCGCUCCUAUUAUUACCAUUAUGCUAUUGCUUGGCAAACAGGAAGGGGCUGCAAUCUAGCAGGGACAUUAUCAGUGUUUGCCAGCGAGCUAUCUGUAUACACAUUGACUUCAAUCAGCUUUCAGCGCUGGCAUGUUAUCUUCUACGCAAUGAGGCCAAACAGAAAAAUGAGGUUACGGCAUGUAGCUGUGCUGAUGCUCGUUGGCUGGUUGCUGUGUGUGACUGUAGCACUACUGCCAGUGGUUGGUGUGAACAGUUACCAGAAAGUGAGCAUCUGCUUACCCAUGGACACUAGAACAACUGCUGCUCAGGCCUAUGUGGUCUCUGUCCUGAUGGCUAAUGUCAUAGCUUUUAUGGUGGUAUGUUUAUGUUACCUCCACAUCUACUGUAUGGUGCACAAACCCCGGCACCAGUCCAGCAGAUGUGAUACCAGCAUGGCCAAACGCAUGGCUGUUCUUAUUUUUACCAACUUUCUCUGUCUGGCUCCCAUUUGCUUCUACGGCUUGUCUGCAGCUCUCCACCAACCAUUGAUGACUUUCACAGAUUCCAAGGUGCUGCUGGUGCUUUUCUAUCCUCUCAACUCUUGUGCACAUCCAUUUUUUUAUGCUAUCCUGACAAAGGCAUUUCACAGAGACAUCCUGAUGUUGCUGAGCCGGAUGGGGCUGUGCCAGCAGCAAGCACAUCUCUAUUGAAGCCAACUUGUCGGUAUUACUCCCCACAUAUACAACAAUGUCUGA